AUGUCGCUAUACAAAGAUCUCACCCUCUCCUCUCGCGCAGGGAGGCAAAUAUGCCGACUCUCUUCCACCUUCACCAAUUCUAUAUUCUCGCAGGGAAGACAUUUCAGUCACUCCCGUUCGGCCGCUGCCAACGCAAGGACAGGAGCAGCAGAGGCCGAAGUCGAGGCAGCACGGAGAUACUGCGUUGAGCUUCUUUCAAAAUAUGACCGUCCCUCCUACACCCUCAGCUCCUUCAUCCCCCGCCAUGCGCAGCCCUUCUACCUCGCCCUCCGCGCCCUCAACGUCUCGCUCUCCAUGAUCCCCGACACCACCUCUUCCUACACCAUCGGCCUGAUGCGCCUGCAGUUCUGGCGCGAUGCCGUCGCCAAAACGCUGUCCGGCUCCCCGCCGAAAGAACCUAUCGCCAUUCUCCUCGCCUCCGCCAUCUCCGAUCUCCACGACCGCACCCAGGGCCGCGCGCGCAUCAGCAAAGGCUGGCUGAACCGCAUGAUCAACGCGCGCGAGCAAACUCUCACCAACGACCCGUACCCCGAUCUUGCCGCCCUGGAAUCCUACGCCGAAAACACCUACUCCACUCUCAUGUAUCUCACGCUGUCCGCCCUGCCCAUGACCUCCGUCACCGCCGACCACGUCGCAUCGCAUAUCGGAAAGGCCUCCGGCAUCGCCGCCGUCCUGCGCGGACUGCCCCUCGUCGCCUUUCCGCCGCCGCCGUCCCACCAGCCGACUCAGAGCACGGGGAUCAUGACCGGCGGCGCCAAGCAGGGCGCCGUCAUGCUUCCGCUGGAUGUCAUGGCGCAGGCCGGUGUGAAAGAGGAGGAUGUGUUUCGACAGGGUGCGGAUGCGCCCGGGUUGCGCGAUGCGGUGUUCACCGUUGCCACACGCGCAAGUGACCACCUCAUCACCGUGCAGCAGAUGCUGAGCAAUCUCCGCGCGGGUCGGGACGUGGGUCAUGAUUUCGAGCACGAAGGUGAGGAAGGCCAUGAGUAUGGCUCCGAGCACGAUGUUUCCGGCCAGCGACCCGAGACCCCUCUGGAUGAGGUGAACCGUGCCUUCGGCGUGUUCAUGCCGGCUGUGGCAACGCGCCUGUGGCUCGACAAGCUGGAGAGUUUCGACUUUGAUAUCUUCCGGCCGGAAUUACUUCGGUCUGAGUGGAAAUUGCCCUGGAAGGCUUACAUGGCGUACAGCCGCAAAACACUCUGA